AACGACCCCGCCUGAAACACAGCUCUGCAAAUGGGAGAAGCUCUUAUAACCUCCUGCCUUUACCCAGCCAAUGAAGUCGCCUGAAAUAGGGCGGUGAGAACAUCUCGACCCACGCAACUUCAGGAAGUUCUGUCAAAGAAACUCGGCGCUGGUGGAGUGGAGUGUCAGUUUGGAUGAGACCAACCAUGGCGCCCAGUCAGGGUUCCAGGAUGCUCAGUAAAGAUGAUGCGAAUUAUAAACUUCACUUUAGGAUGAUAAACGAGCAACAAGUGGAGGAUAUCACCAUUGAUUUCUUCUACAAACCGCAUACCAUAACUUUACUGACGUUGACCGUCGUCAGCAUAAUGUACUUUGCGUUUACGAGGGAUGAUGGUGAUUCUGAUAAUAACCUGCGUGUGGGUCUACUGCUGGUUGGCUCUUUCUUUCUUGUUAUCAGUGUUCUUGCCUUCCCCAACGGUCCUUUCACAAGACCACAUCCCGCUAUAUGGCGCAUGGUUUUUGGUCUCAGUGUUCUUUACUUCCUCUUCCUGGUGCUCCUCAUCUUCCUGAACUGGGAUCAGGUGAAGGCGCUGUUGUAUUGGCUGGACCCCAAUCUACGGUACGCCACACGAGAAGCAGAUAUCAUGGAGUAUGCAAUAAACUGCCACGUGAUUACAUGGGAACGCAUCCUGAGUCAUUUUGACAUUUUUGCCUUUGGUCAUUUCUGGGGCUGGGCAAUGAAAGCUCUACUCAUCCGCAGCUACGGCCUCUGCUGGACCAUCAGCAUCACAUGGGAGCUCACAGAGUUGUUCUUCAUGCACCUCCUGCCAAACUUUGCAGAGUGCUGGUGGGAUCAAGUCAUUCUUGACAUCCUGUUGUGCAAUGGAGGGGGCAUUUGGCUUGGCAUGACUAUGUGUCACUUUUUAGAGAUGCGUACCUACCACUGGGCCAGUAUCAAGGAUAUCCACACAACCACAGGCAAGCUGAAACGGGCUGUUUUGCAGUUCACUCCGGCCAGCUGGACGUAUGUGCGCUGGUUUGACCCCAAAUCCUCUUUUCAGAGGGUGGCUGGAAUCUACCUCUUCAUGAUAAUAUGGCAGCUCACAGAAUUGAACACGUUUUUCCUGAAGCAUAUCUUCGUAUUCCAGGCCUCUCAUCCUCUCAGCUGGUGUCGGAUCCUCUUCAUUGGGAUUAUCACUGCACCCGCAGUGCGGCAAUACUACGCAUAUCUAACAGACACCCAGUGCAAAAGAGUUGGAACACAGUGUUGGGUGUUUGGGGCCAUUGCUUUCCUGGAAGCUCUGGCUUGUGUCAAAUUUGGACAAGACUUGUUCUCUAAAACACAGGUUCCUUAUGUUGUUCUUUGGCUUUUGUGUUUGGCUUUCAUUACUUUUCUCUGUCUGUAUGGAAUGAUUUGGUAUGAGCAGAAUUAUGGGAAGAGACUGAAGAACAUUGCAGACUGUGACGACAGCACCCUUAUUGACACGUAUGACCACAUUCUUGAAACUGCCAAAGCAGAGAAGAACUCCAGUAGUAAUUCCACUUCAUCACGGAGAAGAAAAGGAGGCUCUGGAAAAAACAAAACAAUCAAUGGAACAAGCGGCAAGAAGUGACCACAGCUAGAGACUGACGAUCUCUCAAUGGACCACAAGGGGUGAAAGAAAGAAUAUGUCAUAAGCGGUUGAAGAGAGGUUAAGCGAUUAGCUGGGUUAUAGUGUGCAGACACAAGAAGCGGUUCUAUAAACAGAGGACACAUUCCAAACCACAAGCCUCUGUCUUUACUAUAUACACUAGUUUUUAUUUUCAUAGCACUUGGAAGGAAACAAUGAUUUGUGGUAUGCCAGGAUUACGGGAAAUGACACAAUGCACACUUUCCAGUGGCACUGAUGUGGCUUUCAUAUUUAGGAAUGUCGGAAGCGUCUGAGCCAGUGAAUGUUUGCGAUGGCCCUCCUAAUGAAAUGAGCUCAAUGCUGCCAGGCUUUCUGUAAAACAUGAUGGGAGCGUUAUUCAGCUCUGAUUAUUUCUUAUCACCAGUAUUGUUAAUGCAGACCAAGCCCUGUCUUAAAUUUUGCACAUUUUUCUCCACUUGCCCUUUAAUCAGUGAAUGUUUUGUUGACACAUACCUAUGCAUUGAUCAGGGUAAGAAAUGUUAUUUCAUUGUGAGCUUAAAAGUGAGCUCUCCUUUUUUGAAAAUCCUUUAAGCACUUGUUUUAAUGUAGUAUGAUCUUGGCACAGCUGUUCCAUUAUCACAACAUUUACAGGUUUUCAGUCUUCUUAUAUUUGCUCUUUUAAAUGAAUACUGCAGGGUGGUUGAAGGAGAGGAAGGUCGUGACCUUUUGCGUUGAGAGCUGUUGAUUUACUUAAAUGUAAUAUGAUUAAGCUUUUUUGGCAACAUGUAAAGGUUGUUUAGAAAUAAUGACAUAAUGUUGUGUCAACAUGUGGUGUCAUUUUUUUCUAUACUUUUAUAGUUAUUGCUUUGUAUGUUAACUUUUGUGGUAAGAUUUAUACCUGUGUGAGUAUGUGGGCAUGUGCAUACAUGAUUUGAGUCCCAUAAUGUUUUCUGUGUGAGGCCUUUAAAUGACAAUGCAUUUCUAUAUGCAGUUUUUUGAAAUAGCUGUAAUUUUUGCAAAACCUACAUUUAGGAUUUUAUGCUGUUUUUUUUUCAUGGUUUAUUAAUACUAAAUGGUAGCCUAUGCAUGUUUAUAUUAAGGUACUAUCACUUUUUUCUUUUGCUUUAUUUAAUUUUUUUACAUUCUGCUUUCAUGGACCAAAUUGUUGAGCAAUACCCAAGCUGUUAGUUAUACAGAAUCUAAUAUUUUCCCCUGGAAAAACAUCAAAACCUAAAAUAACCGUUAAGAUUUCUAAUCAUGAAUUUUGUAUGCAUCUGCAGUUCGGAGGGUGACCAAAAAGUCUGCAUAAAAUGUGAUGUCAAACUUGAAUCCGCCACAGCAGUGUUCUCAUAUCUAAUUUUUUCAGACCUUUAAUAUGAUAAUCAGGAGAAAUGAGGUGUGACCAAUUUGUUUUGAGAUUUAUGAAUGAAUGGUUAAACUUUCCACAGAUGUGAACCCCCUCAAGGGGAUGUUAUUUUCACUUUCUUAUAAAAUACUGAAUUGAAGUCUCUGGUU